CCGCGUCCAGAGCCGGAACUUCCGGCUGGUGAGGUCGUCUUCCUGACCUUGGGCUCCCGCUGGUCCUUGUCCAGUCGUUCCGCGCCGUCAUGUCUGCCCUGACGCCGCUGCUGCUGAGGGGCCUGACCGGCUCGGCCCGGCGGCUCAUGGUGCCGCGCGCUCAGAUCCACUCGAAGCCGCCGCGGGAGCAGCUCGGGGUCGUGGAUGUCACCGUUGGGCUCACUUCCUGUUUCAUCUGUUGCCUCCUGCCUGCGGGCUGGGUCCUGUCACACCUGGAGAGCUACAAGAAGCGGGAGUGAAGGGAGCUGGUCCCUCAUCCUGUGACUAGACCACUCUGGCCAGCCCAUCUUGAUCAUGUUUCCUGCAUUCCUGGCUGGCCUCCCCUCAUCCUGUGACUAGACCACUCUGGCCAGCCCAUCUUGAUCAUGUUUCCUGCAUUCCUGGCCGGCCUCCCCUCCGAUCAUGCCAUUCAAUUCCAGUCACCUCUUCUGCAAUCAUGACCGUUCAAUGUCUCCAUGAUGACAGCUGGGACCACAAAUACUGCUUCUGCUUGUCAGGUCCCCCUUGUAACAAUAAAGUCUUAUUUAAACCUUG